AUGCUGCGACGAAGCUACCCAUGGCGCGUCAUGACACCUCGCCAGGCGCUGCGCGUGCUGUCCCUGUCCCCCACAGCGGACCUUACGCCGGCAUCGAUCAAGAAGGCGUACAUCCGGCAAACGCUGCAGUGCCACCCCGACCUGCACCCGAACAAUCCAAACGCAACCGAAAACUUUCGCAACCUCUCAGAUGCCUGUCGUGUGGCGCUCAAGGCGCUGGAGGCACAGCGGGGCGGCCGGUCCGCGGCGGGGCGGCGCAGCACCAACAGUGGUGCCGUCGAUCUUUGCGACCCUCAGGAAGCGCUGGAGUCGCUGCGGCAGGCGAUGAUCGCCUACCACAGACAUCAGCAGUCGACCGAGGCGCCAUCCACGUCCUCGUCGUCCUCCCCACCGUAUGGGAAGCCGGAGAGCCACGCCGCUGGUACUUUCUUCACGCCGACGCUGGAGGACGUGUCAUCCGUUUGUCAGCGGGAGGCAGUCGCGAUGCGCCGUGUGCACACUUUCUGCACUGAACUUCCCGCGGUGUUGUGCGGCAGCCACUCCGCGGCCCUCUUCGAGGCUGUCGCUUUCUUUCACACACGCUAUGUGGAGUCGAUGUCGGCGUGCGUCAUGCGAUUUGCACAGAAUCUGCCCAUCAUCGUGCGCCGUGUUGUGAAGCAGCGUCGUAGGUACGUAGACAACGGGUACUCGGCAGUGGCGCAAGGGAUCGGCACCGGAUCUCGGCCGCGCGGGCAGCGGAUUGAAGACAUGGCGAUGAAGCCGCUGGUGUUGAUGGGCGCACUCAUCUUUGAUCUGCCUGAAGGGGCUUCAAAUGAGCGGCGGCAGUGCCUCGGCGAAGAUGCGGUGGCGAGCGGCGGCACCAGCAGCACCUGCGGCGCGUCUCGCCCUGCCGAUGUUCGUGUCUCAGACGAGCUGAAGUGUAUCAUCUAUCCUGCGGACAGCAUUGCUGAUAUCACGGCAAAGCUCAGCAAGUGGGAAGCGGCCAGCUUUGACCGACUAAAGCUGGAGCUGGCGAUCGUGGACGUGAAUCGACUGAUGUCGGCUAUGCUGGGGCUGCAGGAUGAGGAAAGCAGCGGCCGCUCCGAGGCGCACCUCUCCGUGGAGCCGCACCUGAGCGAAAGCAGCGCCGCCGCGGCGAUGGUGUUGCGCACACUCCAGAAGCUUGCCGGCGAUUUGUGUUGUCACUUCGACGCCGCCGUUGACAGCGGCGCCGUUACCGAGGCGGUGGUGGAGGCGAUGCACCUGCAGGACAGUUGCGACAUACCAGCCAGCGUGCAGGACGAUAUAGCGGCGCAGUCUCUAGAGACGCCGGCACUAGUCGCGCAGUGCCGGCAGCUAGCGGAACUGGCGUGUCCAACCAUUCGUGGCAACAUUGUCCUCACCUGGAAAGCAGUCGCGACGGACGAGCUGGUGAAGGAUGAGGCCGAACUGGCAGACGUCACACCGGCGCCGAUGCCGUUGGUGGACGCAUCUCAAACAGACAGCGCUGGGAAGGAGAAAGGGGGCGGCAAAGACGCACCACCCUUUUUCGUGGGGCGUCACUUGACGUGCUCCACUGCUGAGACGCUGUUCUUCUCCGUGUCCGUGACGCUGACGAGAGAUCUACACGCCUUCCUACUACGUCUGCGCGGCGCGCUGAAGAGUGUUGUGCAGUCCACGAAUCAGUCGAAGCGCGCGCUCUUUGAGCUGCUGCCACUGCGCGAGAGCAUUGUGAAAGAGGAGUUCACUCGCAUAGCCUCCGACGACGACGCCGACACGUCACCCUUCCGCUACCGUGGCCCUGUUAACUGCUUUCCACGCAUCUGCAACAUGGACACCCGCCGCGAGCACAAGCUGUGGAAGCACCUCUACGUGCACCGCGAGUACGUUGCCAAGCACGCGCCCGCAAUGAACCCACUCAACGUGUUCUACGAGUGCUUUCCUUACGACCCAGACGCGCCGGCGCACCGGCCGAGCUCUCUCGAUGCGGACGGCAACGUGCUGGCGGGGUGGGUCAGCGGCGGCCCUGACGGCUGCGACAACGUCGUCAUCACGGCAACGCAACUCGACGACCCAGCGCACUUCACCGAGUGGCUGGAAGAGGUGGUGGUGCAGUCGUCGCUCAACCGCGAAACAGAAGAAAUCCUGGCCAAGGCUGGCGUCGGCUACGUCAGCCGCGACCCCGUCUUGCCGCUAGCUAAUUAUCUCUCGUUCGUUAAGGCGUUCGCGCAGUCCACCGCGGUGCGCGCUGUGCUGGAGCGCAAGGACGGUGCACCACACAAGGGCACCACCACGCCGGACGACAUUGGCCUCGCCAUCAUCGUCUCACCCUCGCGGUGCGACGUCCGAGACGGUGGUCGUCUCUUCAUUCCGUGGUACGUCGAUCCGGCAAUUCUGCUUUCUCUGCUCGAUGACGCCAAGACCCCGCAGCGACUCGAUGUGUAA